AUAAACUUGUUCCGAGCAAGAGGAAGAGGGAAAAUUUUCUGAAAAUCGUAUUGAUAGUUGUUAAUACGAUUUGAUCGAUGGGGAAGGAUGAAAUGUUGAUAUCGCCGGCAUCGGGAAGUCCCGGAAAGGAGCAGCAGGCGGCCGGAGUAGGGAUUCUGCUUCAGAUCAUGAUGCUUGUUCUCUCUUUCGUCCUUGGCCAUGUCCUUCGUCGUCAUAAGUUCUAUUAUCUUCCCGAGGCCAGCGCUUCUUUGCUAAUCGGUUUGAUUGUUGGUGGGCUUGCAAAUAUCUCUAAUACGGAAACAAGCAUCAGGGCUUGGUUCAAUUUUCACGAGGAGUUCUUCUUGCUGUUUCUCUUACCCCCAAUAAUAUUAUAUCCUACCUUCUGUCUGUUUUUUAUGUGUCAUUUUGAUGCUUGUUUUGCUAGUAUAAAUGCCUUUUUGACCUAAAUCUGUAACCUUUCUCCAAUUGCUUCAAUGGGUUUUUCUUGACGUGCUUGUUUCCUACUCAGUCAGGGUUUAGCUUAUCACCUAAACCCUUUUUCUCAAAUUUUGGGGCCAUAGUCACCUUUGCUAUCCUAGGAACAUUUAUAGCUUCAAUUGUUACUGGCGUACUAGUCUACCUUGGUGGUCUCAUGUACCUAAUGUAUAGACUUCCUUUUGUUGAAUGUCUCAUGUUUGGUUCUCUUAUAUCAGCAACCGACCCUGUGACUGUUCUAUCCAUAUUUCAGGAACUUGGCACAGAUACAAACCUCUAUGCCUUGGUAUUUGGAGAAUCUGUCUUGAAUGACGCUAUAGCAAUAUCCUUGUACAGGACAAUGUCCUUAGUACGAAGUCAUGCCUCAUCUGGAGAGAACUUCUUCAUGGUGAUUGUCAGGUUUUUGGAGACCUUUGUUGGCUCUUUGUCUGCAGGUGUUGGAGUUGGAUUUACGUCUGCUCUAAUAUCCUUAUAAAGUUCUGAUUUUAAUGUUUCAUACUAUUAACUUUAGCUGUCAAUGUCAUUGUGCGUUUUUGAACCUUAACUCCUAGAACCUAUUCAAGUAUGCAGGCUUGGAUAUUGACAAUCUUCAGAACUUGGAGUGCUGUCUUUUUGUUCUCUUUCCUUAUUUCUCGUACAUGCUUGCAGAAGGUCUGGGCCUCUCUGGUAUUGUAUCAAUAUUGUUUACAGGAAUUGUGAUGAAGCGCUACACCUACUCAAAUCUGUCUGAAAAUUCUCAGCGCUUUGUUUCUGCAUUCUUUCAUUUGAUAUCAUCACUGGCUGAGACAUUUACGUUUAUAUACAUGGGCUUCGAUAUUGCCAUGGAACAGCACAGUUGGUCACAUGUUGGAUUUAUCUUUUUCUCAAUUCUAUUUAUUGGAGUUGCUAGGGCUGCCAAUGUCUUUUCUUGUGCAUAUCUAGUCAACUUGGUCCGUCCUAUUCAUAGGAAAAUACCAUUGAAGCAUCAAAAAGCACUUUGGUAUAGUGGACUUCGAGGAGCAAUGGCUUUUGCCCUUGCACUGCAAUCAAUCCAUGAUCUUCCAGAUGGACAUGGGCAGACUAUUUUCACGGCAACCACAGCAAUAAUUAUGUUGACGGUGUUGCUAAUUGGAGGUUCAACUGGUACAAUGCUGGAAGCUCUACAAGUUGUUGGAGAUGGCCAUGAUGGUCACUUAGUUGAGAGCUUUGAGGCAAAUAAUGGGUAUAUUGCUCCUUCUUAUGACGAUGAUGCGACAUCAGGGAACAGGUUGAAGAUGAAGCUGAAAGAGUUCCAGAGAAGCGCAGCAUCAUUUACAGCAUUAGAUAAGAAUUACCUUACCCCAUUCUUUACAAGCCAGAAUGGAGAUGAAGAGCAUGAUGACCCAAUGCCCAGUUCUAGACGUGGGGUUUCAAUGGCCACAACUAACAAUCGGUGACUGCCAGACGUGGAAAAUGUUAGAUGGGAGUCACGUUGUAUAUAGCUUACAGCUACGGAUGAUCUGUGCGCUGCACUCUGGAAGAAGCUGGGAGGAGUGUGUGGAGAUGGACACUUCAUCCACCCCCUCCAUGCUUUCCUGCAUUCCUAAAGAUGCAGUAAUACAAUUGGAGAAUUAACAUAGAAAUUUAUCUAGAGCAGGAUGUUAUAUUUUGCAUGUUUACAUUUUCUGGUAUUCAGUUGAAUCAGAUCGGAUGUACUUAAUAAUCCCUGGAGAAGGAUUUUUAGAAAUUGGCUUAGCCUAUUUCCAUGUAUAGCAGCAGAUUAGACAGUAUAUUGCCAGCAAGAUUUAAUAUCAUGCUUAUGCUUCAAAGAUUGUUGCAUUCACUAUCUAUUUAAGAAUUUGAUACCUUGUCAUUGUUACUGAUCAAGAUGAAGUCUUAACAAAGACUAAAUAGCCUA